AUGCAUCCAGAGAAGACAGGGGACCGCGAGAGCGUGUCGACGGAUAGCGGUCCGGAUUUCGGACAGUCGAUCCCUGUGAGGAAGCGCGAAUCGGGCUUCCUGGGUGCGCUGCGCAACUUCGAGGCCAAGCUGGACAGCAAGUUUGGCAUCGAGAGUGAUGCCAUUACGAGGAAGCUGCCAGAGGAAAAGGGCCAUGUGCCGUGGCACCACCAGAUGAACAUGUUUUUCUUAUGGGCGAGCGGGACCAUGAACACUUCGUGCUUCGCUACGGGCUUUCUGGGUUGGGAGUUUGGGCUGACGCUCCGCCAAUCCAUCGUCAUUACAAUCUUCGCCUCGAUCCUCGGCGGCGCGGCAACAGGCUUCGCAGCAACUUUUGGCGCGCCAACUGGUCUGCGCCAGAUCAGUUUGUCCCGGUAUGCGUUUGGGUGGUGGCCGAACAAGGUCAUCGCUGCGCUCAACACGAUUGUGCAGAUUGGUUGGGCCGCCGUGGCGUGUAUCACCGGCGGGCUUGCUCUGACUGCCGUCGCCGACGGACGCAUUUCCCUCAUCGUGGGCAUCGUCAUCUUAGCCGUGGUAGCUACGUUGAUCUCGUUCGUUGGUCUGAAAGCCAUCCUCGUGUACGAGCGCUACGCGUGGUUCGUCUUCUUCAUCAUCUUCAUCAUCUUCUUCGCCGAGACGGGCAGAUACGCGGACAAUACACCCACCCCCAAAGUCCAUGGCGCUGAUCUCAGCGGCGCCGUGUUGAGCCUCAUCGCCAUCGUAUAUGGCAGUUCGGCGUCCUGGCAGACCAUGGCAAGCGACUACUACGUGCACUACCCCGUCAACGUCAACCGGUGGAAAGUCUUCCUUAUGACCACCUUCGGCAUCGCGAUCCCUACCUCGAUCGGCAUGAUUGCUGGCUGCGUCGUCUCCUCGGGCAUGAACAGCCGCACAGACUGGAAGGAUGUGUACGAGAACGACGGUCUGGGCUUCCUCAUCCAAACGAUGUUGUAUCCACGGGGAUUUGCCAAGCUGAUCCUCACACUGCUCGUCCUCUCCGGCAUCAACGUAAAUGUCAUCUCCAUCUACAGCGCUGCCAUCUCGUGCCAGCAGUUCUCGCGUCCGUUUGCGCGCGUGCCCCGCUUCAUCUGGGUGCUCUUCUGCUUCGCAGCGAUUCUCGGACUCGCCAUCGGCGGCCGCGAACAGCUGUCUGUCUACCUGCAGAACUUCCUCAGCCUGCUGGGCUACUGGACCACGCAAUACUUCAUCAUCAUGUGUAGCGAGCAUGUCAUUUUCCGGCACAUGAGCUUCGACAACUACGACUUGGAUGCGUGGAAUGACCCGAGUCGACUGCCGCUGGGCAUCGCAGCGGGAGUCGCGUUCGCGGUGGGCAUUGUGGCGUGGAUCAUGGGUAUGGUGGAGACGUGGUAUGUUGGACCACUUGGAAAGCUGAUUGGGUCUGACGGCGGAGAUAUCGCGAACGAGUUGACGUUUGUGGUUACCGGGCUGAUCUACAUUCCAGCGAGGUUUCUGGAGAAGAAGAUGGUUGGGAGGUAG